GCAAACCUUGGAAACAAAUAUAAACUUGGCCUUGUAUUGUCUGAUUUUUUUUCCUACAAGAAGUGUCUCUAACAGUAGAUUUAAUCAGAAGAUUGGUAAUACUUCCCUUCUUUUUUUUAAUGUAAGUUCCAACAUAUAAAAGGGAAAUACCAGAUUCACUUAGAGAUGCAGCUUAAACAUCUGCAAGAUGAGACUGUCAGCUUUCUGUACACCAGCUGAAGGCCUUUACCAUUAUUCCUACCCUCAUGUUUUGACUCUCCUCCCACACAUGGACUGAAAAAGGUCCCCUGCGUCACUGCUAAAUAAGCCUCAGGUGGGAGGAGGAGUGGACAAGUAGCAGCUGCCUGCCAUAAAGAGGUGUUUAAAGAAAAAUGAAUACUUCCUCAACUUCAGAAAGUGGAUCAUAUUCCACAAGCCACUCAAGACCCUUUUUUUAUGCUCAGCCAUCAGCACAACAGCCUUAUCCAAAUCCAUGGUACCUCAGCCAUGGAUACAGUCCAUAUUAUGUACCUGCUCCAGGCUUCCGAAGCGGAAAUCCAUAUUUGCCGUUUUAUUCUGUUGCGCUCCAUGAGUACCCUGGAUUUCUUGUUCCACAGCAUCCAAUGCAUGCAAGAAUUAACAGAAGGCCUUAUUUUAAUGCUGCCCUACCUUCCCCUAUGUUUUAUCAUGCAACAAGAUUUAGACACUAUAAUACCCCUGGGAAAAAAACGGAGACAAAAGAAACACAGACUGAUCCUAGACAGCCUGAAAGCAAGCAAAAAAAGCAUCAAGAUGUCCGAACAGAAACGAAAGGUUGUGAUGCAGGAAAUAUGGCCUGUGUUUCUUCUGGUAUAGGUACAGAGACUGAAAGUACUUCAGAGAAACAAGAUUCAUCUGGAUCUUCCACUGUGGUAGACAGAGAGUUUCAUAACAAGGACCCUGCCAGCUCUACACAGUAUAGAAAUCUUCCUACUGGAAGCUAUGCCUUUGAGAAGGAAGAAGUGAGGAUAGAAUAUGGAAAUGGCUCUCCAGCUAUUCAACUGUGGAAGUCCUUUAAAGAAACUAUCCCUUUGUAUGAUGUGGCAAGUGGUAAAUCAGUCCCAGAGAACAUAGUGCCAUGUGACUUAUUUUCUGUUAGCUCAUGUGAAGGCAUGAUAUAUGGCCCUCAUGAAAGGAGGCAAAUGGUGCCAGGAGCUUCCUUAGAUGAGAGACAAGCUGUUGUCCCCACAAAACAGGGUGCUGAAGCUGUGCAAGAAAAAGAUGUCCAAAAUAACGAAGUGCAGCUGGAUGCAGAAAAGCUAGCAAAUACAAGUCAACAGGUAAAAUCCCCCCCAGGUGAAACCAUGGCAGUACAAAUCACAGAGCUGGCAAGAUCUGUUGGCAUAGAUAGACCAGUGGUAAGACAGGAUGUGGUAAUAGCUAAGAAAUCUAGCACUAAAAAAUCUGCAGGCUCUAUUCAACAAUCAGGACUACUUCCAUCUAAUAUGGAGGUAAUGAGUGACUUGAGUUUUCAGCAGAAAAAACUGAGUUUAAGCCACAGAGCAAUCAAUGAAAGCCAGACAGGUAAAAGUAUUUGGUGUGACAAAUCAAUUGAGAAGGAUGCUACAAACUAUGACAUUUGUUUGCCACAAAGGAAGUGUCAAAGUGUAAUCAGUCCUUCUUCUGAUGACAUGUCCUCUAGAGAAGAAGGCUCAUCAAGUGAUAAUGCCCCAGUGUCUUAUUUUGUCCCUGACUAUGUGCUUCAGAAAAGCAUGUAUACUUCUCAGAAAAGUACAGAUGGCUUGGAGAAAGAGAAAAUUAAAAGUGGUGGGUCCCUUAACGAAGAUGAAGCGGUAGAAAAGGAGCAGAUGAACAGCUUGAAUGAUCAAGAUGACAAUUCUUCAGCCACUAAGGUUAAAGAGGCUUCCAGUAAAGGUAGAAAGCUGGGAGCUGUUUCAAGAUCUUCUAGUAGGAAAGAAAUCAAUUCUCUCAACAAAAAAGCAGCUAAAAGUAUGUCAGAAGUUGAGGACUCAGAAGAAUAUUAUGUGAAGGGUGAAGAGGAGGAUGAAGAUGGAGAGGAUGAGGAGGAUGAGGAUGAUGACAUGGAUGAAAUGGAGUAUUUCUUUCAAGAAACCCUUCCAUAUGGCAUUUUGACACCAAAUAAAGGAAGCUUCUACCAAGUUGGCCGGAGAGUGCUUUGGAAACCACCUAAAAAUGCCGUACCAGCACAAUUAAUUAGCUGGCCUGCUCAAGAGAAAAUGAAAACUAGGAGUGGGCUUGUUGAAAAUAUUGGUGUAGUUUACAAGCCAAAGGAGAGAGAACAAGAUGAAGUUGUAUAUAGUGACUAUGGGUAUUACGGAAGAAAGAGGCCUAUGACAAGAAGAGAAGGACUUGAGCACCAGCGAAUGCUACGGAAAUUCUUGGGAGGAAGGCUGCUAAGGGAGACUGUGGGGAUGCUGCCUGAAGAGUACUGGAUUAGAAGUGGUGCUAAACCCAAAUUCAGUAGCCAAAUACAUGGUAGUCUCUUACCUCCAGCCAAGAGCAAAGACCAAGGAUACCCACCUUUGGUUAAACCAAAGAAGAAAAGAAUAGGCAAGCCACCUUCAAAACGCAGGGACACAAGACUUGAGGUGGAAGAAGUAGUGUGGGAGAUGCCUAAAUACAGUAUACACCAAGGUCGUGGAACAAAAAAGUCCCUCUGUAAGAGAAGAUAAUUGCAAAUAUUGGGGCAGGAGGGGGGAAAAAAUGUAUCAAAGGUUUGUUUUGCAUAAUCCAAAAUUCAAUUAUUAUUGCAUAUUUUGUAAGUUGCUCUGCACUCUUAAGGGGUAAGAAGUGACACUGUAAAGACCGAGGAUGCUAUGAAAAUGGAAUUAAAUAUUUAACACCAGUCACCUUUUUAUA